GUUGUUCAGGAAGGAAGGAACUAUGAGGGUGGAAUCACUACAUUUGUACUUGUCACCUGUUUGGUGGCUGCCAUGGGAGGUCUUCUCUUUGGUUAUGAUCUUGGAAUUUCAGGUUUGUUUGUUUGUUUGGUAGCUUUUGAUCCUCGAUCCUCUGAGUUUAAGUUUUUUUUUUUCCCCCUAAUGGAAGAAAUUUGUUUAGAACUUUUUGGCUUUGGGAUGUUUUGGCAGGUGGGGUUACUUCAAUGCCAAGUUUCUUGGCUCAUUUUUUCCCAUCUGUUGUGAAGAAGAUGAAAAGUGUCCAUGAAAGUGAGUACUGUAAAUUUGACAGUGAACUACUAACAUUGUUUACCUCUUCCCUUUACCUUGCUGCUCUGGUGGCUUCCUUCGCCGCGUCCGUCAUUACCCGGAAAUUUGGCCGCAAACCAUCCAUGUUUAUUGGAGGUCUUUCCUUCUUAUUUGGUUCCAUUCUCAAUGGUGUUGCUAAUAGCAUUGCACUGCUCAUCAUUGGCCGUUUGUUGCUUGGCGUUGGUGUUGGAUUUGCCAAUCAGUCUGUGCCAGUUUACCUUUCUGAAAUGGCACCAGCCAAAAUCAGAGGUGCUCUGAACAUGGGCUUCCAAAUGGCCAUCACAAUCGGCAUCUUGGUGGCGAAUCUUGUAAAUGUCGGUACAGCCAAAAUCGUAGGCGGAUGGGGAUGGAGAGUCUCACUGGCUCUCGCCGCAGUCCCCGCCGUGAUGAUGACCGUCGGAUCCUUCUUCCUUCCCGAUACUCCUAACUCCAUUCUCGAAAGAGGAUACACAGAGAAGGCUAAGAAGAUGCUACAGAAAGUUCGUGGUACCGACGAUGUCCAAGAGGAGUUCCAAGACCUAGUCGAUGCAAGUGAAUCAGCAAAGAUGGUAGAUCAUCCAUGGACCAACAUAAUGAAACCACAAUACAGACCUCAACUCGUGAUGUGCGCUUUAAUCCCAUUCUUCCAGCAACUAACCGGCAUCAAUGUCAUCAUGUUCUACGCUCCUGUUCUGUUCAAGACUCUCGGAUUCGGCGACGACGCAUCUCUAAUCUCUGCCGUCAUCAGCGGUGGCGUCAACGUCCUGGCAACCCUAGUCUCAAUCUUCACAGUCGACAAAUUUGGGCGAAGAAUCCUGUUCCUGGAAGGCGGAGUACAGAUGUUUAUCUGCCAAAUCCUAGUCGGAACGCAAAUCGGCGUUAAAUUCGGACUCAACGGAGAAGGAACCCUAUCAAAAGUCGACGCAAACAUGAUUCUAUUCCUAAUCUGCGUAUACGUCUCGGCAUUCGCCUGGUCUUGGGGACCAUUAGGUUGGUUGGUACCAAGUGAAAUCUGCCCGCUGGAAAUCCGAUCUGCAGGACAAGCAAUCAACGUAUCAGUGAACAUGUUGUUCACCUUUGUCAUCGCUCAGGUGUUCCUGUCGAUGCUUUGCCACAUGAAAUUCGGACUGUUCUACUUCUUCGCAGGGUUUGUGUUGAUAAUGACCGUGUUCAUCUAUUUCUUCUUGCCGGAGACGAAGAAUGUGCCGAUUGAGGAGAUGAACAGAGUGUGGAAGGCGCACUGGUUCUGGACCAAGUACAUUCCUAACGAAGCGGUCAUCGGCGGCCCAGUCGAAAAGCACGGCGGCGAUGUAUGAAGAAAUUUAUAAACCUCCCGGAAAAUUAAA